AUUUUCUCAAUUAUUCCUUUUGACUUCGCCGCUUGCUUUUGAGAGACGGAGACAAAAACACACACGACGAAGAAAUCUCCGGGCGGUCGAAGAAGAUGAAAUCGUUCAAGGAACAAUACACGUUGGAUGAAAGGCUCGCGGAGUCGCGGGAGAUAAUCGCUAAGUACCCUACUCGGAUUCCAGUAAUUGCUGAGAAGUAUUGCAAAACGGAUCUGCCUGCCAUCGAGAAAAAGAAGUUUCUGGUUCCAAGAGAUAUGUCAGUUGGCCAAUUCAUCUACAUAUUGAGUGCUAGGUUACAUUUGUCUCCUGGUAAAGCCUUAUUCGUGUUUGUCAACAACACUCUCCCUCAAACUGCUGCUCUGAUGGACUCGGUCUACGAAUCUUACAAAGAUGAUGAUGGAUUCGUUUACAUGUGCUAUAGCAGUGAGAAAACCUUUGGUUGAUCCAAUAAUGAUGUUAGUGUCUGUGUACAUAUACUUUAAACAUAAGAUGUUCACUACAUCAAAAGACAUCAAACACUUGUUAAGCUUUAUAUGACUGCUGCUUGUUUUAUCCUUAGACUUUGUUCAUCUGUGCACAAUCGUUCUACUACAGUCUCAGUUCCAACUAGUAUUUCCCCUUAACGCUCUCUUUGUCAUCAUUGUUUAUCUUCCUGAAAAUGCAAAAGACCAAUGGAUUGUUUUACUAGGGGAAGAGUUUUGUGCUUCCUCUCCAGCAAGCACCACGAAGUGGCCACCAACCGGCAAAUAGUUCUGGCUACUUUUGGUAUCUUUAUUAGAUUCUGGUUCAGGCUCUGGGCUACAAACAUAAGAAAUAAGACUUGACAUUGUAAAGGUAAAACACUAAACAAAAACUUGGAAGAAUAUAGAGGAAACAGUGUGGAAGAGUAUACACAUGUAUUGUCUGUCUGAUAUCUGGAUAAUCUUUCCAAGUAUAGAGUUAACAUAUUCGCAAUUUCUGAUGGUAAAUGCCUAGUGUUUAUAUAUUUGUAU